ACGUCAAGAAUGUGAAAAAAGCAAAACAAAAAUCAUUCCUUAUUGCAUUUACAACAAAAACAUCGCAACAUGUCUGGUUUCUCUUACGAUUCUCCUAUGUCCUUGUCUUUCUCUCUCCCUUCCAAAAUUUGAAGCUUUUCCCAUUGCCAAAAUCUGGGUCCUUGUUUUUUUUCCCUCUUCUUACGAGACAAGAUAGCUCAAUCUCCUUCAUCUUCAAAUCCCUGUUUUUUUUUGUCCUUGUUCCUCUCUAAGUUGGGAUUUGUGUUUGCGGAGAAACAAAUCCUGAUUUGGAGAGAAGAAUGCGUUUGUUUUUUUCAGAUUCCAGGAUUCAUGCCAUUACGGUAAGAGCACAACUUUGAGAUUCUGAGGUUGUUUCCUCAAUUCCAGCCACUGGCAUUUAGGGAAUAUCUUUUUUUAAUUAAUUUUUUUUCAUUCAUCUUCAUUGUACCUUCCAUUUUGUGUAUUGCUAUGUAUAUACAUAUGAAGUUGAUUAAUUUGGUUGUUAUAUAAAGUUUUUUUUUCUCCCUUUUUUGUAUCGUUUAAAAUGUUUCCUUGGCUUUUGGUUAUUCUGCCAAGUUGGUAACAUAUGAAGUUUUAGUUAUUUUUGAGAAGGGAGUUAGCUAUCGUUCUUGCUUAUAGGGUUGAUUGGAUUGAGGUUUUGGAUAUUGCUGUAUAAGAAAGGUGAUUGCUUGGAUUAGUUUCUCUACUGUUGGAUUGCUGGGUUGAAAAUGGGGAAGAAAAAGAAGCAAGUAGGAGAAACAAGUGAAGAUGGUGGAAAUCAAGGUGAGGAUCAAGGGCAAGUGGGAGAGAGCAGCAGCACCAACGAAUAUGAGAGUGAUCCGGCCUCAUCUAUAUCCAUGUCUCAGGAGUUGAAGGAUGAGGGGAACAAACUGUUCCAAAGGAGGGACCUUAGAGGGGCAUUGGUGAAAUAUGAGAAAGCUCUCAAAUUGUUACCAAGGAAUCAUGCAGAUGUGUCAUAUCUGAGGAGUAACAUGGCUGCAUGCUACAUGCAGAUGGGACGCAGCCAGUACCCGAGGGCGAUUCGCGAAUGCGAUUUGGCUCUUGAGGUAACACCAAGAUAUAGCAAAGCUCUGUUGAAGAGGGCAAGGUGUUAUGAGGCUUUAAAUAGGCUGGAUUUAGCUCUGAAGGAUGUUAAUGCUGUUGUGGAGACGGAUCCAAAUAAUGCCACGGCGUUGGAGAUCUCGGAAAAGGUGAAAAUUGCACUUGAGAAGAAAGGGUUAAGAGUAAAUGGUUCAGUAAUUGAAUUGCCUCCAGACUAUGUUGAACCGAUUAAUGUUGUGCCGCAAGAAAACGUGGUGAAAGAGAAGGGGCGCAAGAAAAAGAGCAAUAAACAGGAGGAGAAGGCUCCUGAUAACAAAAUUGUAGAAAAGCAAGACAAGAAGGAAUCUGCAGAGGAUAAGGCUGAUGACAUUGUUGUUGAGAAGAAGACAAACAAAUCCAAAAAGAAGAAGGCUAAGGACAAAAUUGAGGAGAAGAAGGAUGACAUUAAGGAGGUUAUAGAGGUGAAGAGUAAUGAUAGAACAGAUGAUCUACCCAAGAAAGCAGUAAAAUUUGUUUUUGGCGAGGAUAUAAGAUGCGCUCAACUACCUGCUCAUUGCAGCUUCUUGCAGCUAAGAGAAACUAUUUAUGAUCGGUUCCCAGGCCUAGGACCCAUUCUUGUCAAAUACAGGGACCAUGAAGGUGAUUUGGUUACAAUCACUUGUGAUGAUGAGUUAAGAUGGGCUGAAACAGGAUCCGAGAGUUCUAUCCGGUUGUAUAUAAUAGCAGCUGCUCCUGAGCAGGAUCAAUUCUUUGAAAGGCUCAAAGUAAAGGUGGGGAAAAAGGCUGUUGUGGUUGAUGUACCUGAUGAAAGUUGUGAGGUAAAACCAAAGAAAAUUGUUGGCUCAUCUUGCAUUGAGGAUUGGAUAGUUCAAUUUGCCAAGCUAUUCAAGAACCAUCUUGGAUUUGAAUCUGACAGAUAUCCGGAUUUUCAUGACCUUGGGAUGAAAUUCUAUUCCGAGGCUUUGGAGGAGACUGUUACAUGUAAUGAAGCACAAGACUUAUUUAACAUGGCAGGAGAUAAGUUCCAAGAGAUGAGUGCUCUAGCAUUGUUCCACUGGGGAAAUGUGCUUGCAUCAAGGGCAAGGAAGAAAGUAUAUUUAACAGAUGAUUUUUCUAAACAGAACAUAUGCGAACGAAUCAUGAGCUGUUAUGAAUGGGCAAAGGGUGAAUUUUCUGAUGCGGGAGAAAAAUAUGUAGCUGCCAUUCAAAUCAAGCCGGAUUUUUAUGAAGCAUUCCUAGCACUAGGGCAGCAGCAGUUUGAGCAAGCAAAACUUUCUUGGUAUCAUGCUCUCAGUAGUAAUGUCGAUCUACAAACAUGGUCAUCCACCGAGGUUCUUCAGCUUUACAACGAUGCUGAGGAUAAUAUAGAGAAAGGAAUGCAGAUAUUUGAAGCAUCAGGGGGGAAGAAAUACUUGAGUAAAGCCUUUAGUUCAAAGAAUGCAAGAAGACAUCUACAAUACAUGGGGUUGCAUGUACUUGCCAAAAAUAUAUCCUCAGAGGAAGUUGCUACACAGCAGGCAAAUAUGAAAGCUCUAAUUAAUCUUCUAUGGGGUACCAUGCUAUAUGAACGCUCCAUUGUAGAAUUCAAAAUAGGUUCACCAUCAUGGAAUGAAACACUGGGAGUAGCAGCUGAGAAGUUUGAACUUGCUGGAGCUUCUUCAUCGGAUAUAUCUUCGACGUUGAAGGAUCACUGUUCAAAUAAUGCUGCAGCAGAUGGUCCAGGAUUCAACAUUGAAAUAAUAGUACAGGCAUGGAGUGAUAUAAAUGAAACUAAAAGGUGGAAGCGUGUAAUUCCUUCAUUUCGUUUGGAGCCCUUGCUUAGAAGGCGAGCUUCAAACCUUGAUCAGGCAUCUGAGCUUCCAUGAGUUGCAUAUUUUUCUUCAAGUAUCAAACAACAACAAUGCCGACAGUAACUUAUAGGCUGCUUCUGCGCCUAAAGCCCCAUCGUCAUCCAAAGGUAGCAGAGUGUAAAACCCUGCUGAUUAAAAUCCAUUCUAUUAAUUUUGUCUAGUUGCUUGUUUUGGUUGUCUGUAAUAUUUGAUGAUGUUCAUGAUUUGUUUUCUGAUAUAUUCAAGUGUGCAGAAAAGUUUAUGGCCGCAACGUGCAAAAGUAUCUUGCAUAUUUGAUCUCUCACAAAUAGCUUUAGAAUAUUGGCAUUUGCCUUAUGUGCUUUGCUGUAAAUGUUUCCAAAUUUCAAUAAACUUAAGAGCAAUUUUUUUCCUCUCUUCUUUGGGGAAAACUAGUACAUUUUACACCUCUAAUUAAUCCAAGUUUUUUUUUGUUAUAUCAUAGCUGAAUGCUGAGCAACAUUGAGCUAUGUGCAAGAGUGACACUGCUUACUUAUUGUUAUUAAUCCUCUCUAUCCCUACCUUUGUUUUUCUUAAUAAUAGCUUUAUGG